UGUGUGUGUGUGUGUGUGUGUGUGUGUGUGUGUGUGUGUGUGUGUGUGUGUGUGUGUGUGUGUGUGUUUCAGGGCGGUGGGCUGUAUUUUCGGGGAGCUGCUGAACGCGUCUCCUCUGUUUCCGGGAGAGAACGACAUCGAGCAGCUGUGUUGUGUCCUCAGAGUCCUGGGAACACCGACUCAGGAAAGCUGGCCUGAGAUCGUGGAGCUGCCAGAUUACAAUAAAAUCACCUUUAAGGAGAAUCCAGCGAUCCCAUUGGAGGAGAUCGUCCCCGACACGUCUCCUCAGGCCGUCGACCUGCUCAACAAGUUCCUGGUUUAUCCGUCCAAACAGCGCUGCUCCGCCAGAAAGGCUCUCCUUCAUCCGUACUUCUUCUCCUCUCCUCUUCCUGCUCACCACUCAGAGCUGCCCAUCCCUCAGAGGGGGGGUCGACCCCCCCGCCAGCGGCUGCAGGCUCCGCCCCCUGACUUCUCCGUGGACCUGCCCCUGCAGAACAGCGUGGUUGACCCCGCUCUGCUGCAGGGCCACGCUUCCUGUCUCUGAACGACCAAUCAGAUUCCUCUCCCAGUGACUCUCUGAUGAUGUUUUUACAUUGUAUGUUUAUUUAUUUUGUUUUGUUUCAUUGACGUGUUUUUCUUUUACUUUCUGAAGUGCGGAAGUGAUUUGUUGAUGAACCUGUACAUAUCAUUGUUCUUUCAUCACAUUUCCUGUUGCUGUUCAGUCAAACUUUCAUAAAGCAUUUCUGCGGUGAAUAAAAAAAGAUGAUAAUAUGAUACAUGAACGUGUGGAAGAGACUUUUAUUAACUCUACAAGGACGAAUCAUUACUAUGGAAGUCCUCUCUGUUGCUGUUAAGCAUGGCGUUGACACAAA